AUGCCAGAGAAUGUUUCGUUCUCCAGGAACCGCACGGUUCUGGACGCGCGGCCGGGGACGCGUCCCGCGUGGGCUAUCACGGUACUGGCCAGCGUGCUGAUCUUCACCACGGUGGUGGAUGUCUUGGGCAACUUGCUGGUUAUCAUUUCAGUGCUUAGGAACCGGAAACUUAGAAAUGCGGGGAACGUGUUUCUGGUGAGCCUGGCCUUUGCUGACCUGGUGGUUGCCUUCUACCCCUACCCCCUGGUGCUCUACGCCAUCUUCCAUGACGGCUGGUCGCUGGGAGAGACACAGUGCAAAGUCAGUGGUUUCCUGAUGGGCCUGAGCGUCAUCGGCUCCAUCUUCAACAUCACCGGCAUCGCCAUCAACCGCUACUGCUACAUCUGUCACAGCUUUGCUUAUGAUAAGCUCUACAGCUAUCGCAACACCCUCCUACUGGUGGGGCUCAUCUGGCUCCUCACCAUCCUGGCCAUCAUACCAAACUUUUUUGUAGGGUCACUCCAGUACGACCCCAGGGUAUAUUCGUGUACCUUUGCUCAGGCCGUCAGUACAUCGUACACCAUCACUGUGGUGGUGAUUCAUUUCUUCGUGCCCAUCGCCGUGGUUACCUUCUGCUACCUGAGGAUCUGGAUCCUGGUCAUCCAGGUGAGGAGGAAGGUGAAGUCAGAGGUGAAGUCUCGACUCAAACCCAGCGACAUGCGCAACUUCAUCACCAUGUUUGUGGUGUUCGUGCUCUUCGCCAUCUGCUGGGCGCCGCUCAACUUCAUUGGGCUGGCCGUGGCCAUCGACCCGGAGACGGUGGCGCCACGGAUCCCCGAGUGGCUGUUUGUGGUCAGCUACUUCAUGGCGUACUUCAACAGUUGCCUUAACGCCAUCAUCUACGGCCUGCUCAACCAGAACUUCCGUAAGGAAUACAAACGGAUUAUCAUGKCCAUGUGGAUGCCUGGUCUGUUCUUCCAGGAGGCGUCACAGGGGGGUACAGAGGGUAUGAGGAGCAAGCACUCGCCCAGACUGGGACUCAACAACAACGAUCACAUCAAAGGAGAGGCUUUGUGACGUUGACGCCAAGGUUCUCCACUCCUUUCCCAUGUGUUCUGUUUAUUUUGUCAGUUGUGGAGUGCCAUUUCUCUAUUAUAUCUCACUGACUGCACAGUUGUGCUGUUACCAAAGCCUCAAUGAACUCUCGGAAUGGUGCGGAUUAAAGAGAGAGAGCGAGACAUACACAAGAAAAGAGAGAAAGAGAGAGGAGGUGUUAAACGAUGAUAACUGACUCUGUUAUUCACAAUUCAAAGAGUGCCAUUCACGAAGCAUACAGUAUACACUACAUGACCAAAAGUAUGUGGACACCUGCU